UUGGGCUUUUGCAAACUCGAGCGGAGUGAAGAUAGAUCGAUCAAUGGAGCUAAAAGCUGCAGUUUUGCCUGUUGUGCUUGUGCUUGGAAUGAUACUUCACGUUGCAAUGGCUGCGCAAGGAACCGCAACGUACUAUGACUCUCCAUACACACCAAAUGCCUGUGCGGAUAACAACCUUCCAGCUGAUCAUAUGUUUGCAGCAGGCAGUGCUGCGAUUUACAUGGGCGGCAGCGGCUGUGGAGACAUGUACACCAUCAAAUGUGUUCGGCAGAACAACCAGGGGCCCUAUGGUUGCACCAACAAUCCUGGUCCUUACACCAUCAAGAUUGUGGAUUACUGCCCUGAGGGUUGCAAUGGGACUUUUGAUUUGCCUCACGAGCUGUUCCAGAAGAUGGCCGAUCCAAAUGCCGGCAACAUCAUUGUGGAGUAUCAGAAGAUUUGACUUAUAUAAAUCCCACAAAGGAUGGUGAGCAAGAGCGACAAAGCAAAGAAAUAAGAAUGUAAUAAAACUUGGGAAGGGACAACCAGGUUCUAGAAAGCAUUGUUUUUGUGCUUUGAUUUGUGUUUAUUUGUUGUUGUUGAGUUGCUCUUGUUGGUAAGUCCCGGGGGACUUUUCAGUCCCAUCCCAAAAGAGCACACAAAGAUUUCUUGCAAGGAAAAAAGGAGAAUCACAAGGGAAUUUCGCAAUCACAGGGUGCGAUUCAACGAAAUUCCUUUCUGUUUUUGGCUUCUUAGGGUUUUGGAGAGGGGAGGGAUUGGAUGAAGCUGGCGCUCCCGCAGCAGCAGCUCUGGCGACUGCCGCAUCGCAUUGGCACUCGGUUCGUUCAUUCGUUGCCGCCGUGCUCUUGCGCAGCACCAGAGGGAGGGGGAAGAGGAGGUGAUCUUCUUUCUGGUGUUCACCAGCCUGCGGUUCCCAGACCGACUCUCACCGAUGAUGAGCUCCGAUUGUUUAAGGAAUUGCAUCCAUCGGUGCAAAGUCAGCAGCCAGAUGUGGGAGCGUUUCAGCAACUUCCAAUGGUUGUUCCUGCCGAAGAGAUUUUGGCAUCCGCAUUGAAAGCUGCCAAAAGAGUUCCGCCGUCCAAAGUCAUCUCAAACAUCGCCAAGAGGGAGCGAAACCGCGGAGCAAGGCAGCUGGAUGCGUUGAUGAAGGAACUCUCAGUCCCUCUAACGACUUACUUCAAAAAGUUCCCCAGGAGCUAUGAACUACAUGCGUAUGAGAGGUCGCUUUUAGAGUUCACACUCGGAAAAGGCAAGUACGAAGAGAUCCUUGGCAACGUUUUAACUCUGAGGAAAAAGCUGACUCUGUGCGGGAAGAAUAUGGCCUCGCUGUGCUCCAAGUCAAGCACCAGAAGGGAGGCUGCAGAUCUAAAAGAUGAGGGAUUUCACGAGAUGACUGUUGUGUUCCACGAGCACGUUCAGUACCUUGAGGAUCUGAAAGAGACAGCUAAGACUCUCAGGAAGCUCCCGGUUGUCAAUCCUCGCGACCCAAUUCUAUGCCUAGUCGGAGCUCCGAAUGUCGGUAAAUCCUCUUUGGUGCGGGUGCUCUCUACGGGAAAGCCAGAGGUUUGUAACUAUCCAUUCACAACAAGAGCUAUUUCCAUGGGUCAUAUAAUGGAUUAUGCUUUUUCUUACCAGGUUACAGAUACUCCAGGUCUGCUCAACAGGAUUGAUGCGGACCGAAACGACAUGGAGAAGUUGACUUUAGCGGCACUAGCUUAUCUCCCAACGGCUGUUUUAUACGUGCACGACCUUACGGGAGAAUGUGGUACUAGCGUGCAAGACCAGUUUUAUAUCUAUAAAGAAAUUCGAGGAAGAUUUCCAAGCCGGCCUUGGAUCGACGUGGUGUCUAAGGCUGAUCUCCUGGAAGUGCCAGCUCUUCGUGAUGGCGAAGAAGUGGAUGAGAUUGUCCGGUACAAAACUAGUGGACCACCUGGAGCGCUGUGGGUGUCAGUGGAGACAAAGCACAACGUUUCCGAGCUGUCAUCGAGGGUUUUGGAAAUGCUGAGAAGUAUUUCGGAUCGAAGUAAAGAGAAAGCCGCUGUGGAUGAGGAGUCAUAACAUUAUUCACUGCUCGUCCGAGCAACCAUUCAAGCAAAAUGGAGCUAAAGCUGUGAGUUUUCGAUUUACUCAACACGAAAUGUUUUAAGCCUUUUAAGAAAGUACUAUACAGGUGAGUUUUUAUCCACAA